UGUGGUUGAGACUUUGCUUGCGGUGAAGGUUUAGUAGGCAGAGAGCAGGGUGCCUUCUUUGCGAAAGUAUCAAACAUGGACGACCUGGGUGAAAAUGUAAAACAACGUGAAUCCUGCCCGGUCCCGGUGAAACUGGCCGUUGCCAGUGUGUGCAGGUUUGGGGGUGGACAAUUCUUUCGCGUCUGUUUGCGUGUAUCCAUCUGGUCAAAAUGUCGGUGCACUACAAAUUCAAAAGCACCCUCGACUUUGACACGAUCACGUUCGACGGGUUGCACAUAUCGGUGGCGGAUCUGAAGAAAUCCAUCAUACAGCAGAAGCGGCUCGGCAGAACCGUCGAUUUCGAUCUACAAAUUACCAAUGCGCAGACCAAGGAAGAGUACAAUGACGAUAAUAUGUUGAUACCGAAAAACACGUCGCUUACCAUCGCGCGCGUGCCCGUAAAGAAUACGGGGAAAAAGAAUUGGGAUAAAGCGGCUGCAGCGGAGGCAAACAGUGCGCCGGCUCCGGCUCCGCGCGGCAAGCACGAUGCAGCUAGCUCGCAAACCAAUGUCGAUCUGUCGAUGAUGAACGGCUCGGAGGAAGACAAGAUCCGUGAAAUGAUGUUUCAAAGUACGGCGGACUAUGAUCCUACCAACUAUCAGAAAGUUCGCGGUACGCAGACGGGAGAAGUUCCCAUGAACUACAAGUGCUACCGGUGCCACAAGCCGGGCCACUGGAUAAAGAACUGCCCGAUGGGCCCGCUGCCGAAGGAAAGUAUGGAGGUGAAGCGUACGUCCGGCAUCCCGCGCUCCUUUAUUGAGCGCGACAAAGAGGUGGGAAACAAUCCGGCCAUGCAGCCGGUGCAAAUGCCGCCGGAGGAAAAGCAGGUAAUACCGGAAGAUCUGAUCUGUAGCAUUUGCAAGGACCUGUUCACGGACGCGGUCAUGAUACCGUGCUGCGGUAGUUCGUUCUGUGACGAGUGUGUACGUACGGCGUUGCUGGAGUCGGAGGACAACGAGUGUCCGGACUGUAAGGAAAAGGGUUCAUCGCCUGGUUCGCUAAUACCGAACCGUUUUCUGCGCACAUCGGUCAACGCGUUCCGCAACGAGACGGGCUACACGAAAUCAAUCGCGAAAGCUGCCGCAGGCAAGAAGCAAACAAAGCCAGAAGAAACACCGACAGCGGACAGUACCACCACUACCGGUGGUCUAUCAUUUUCGGCAUCCGGAGCACCAUACAGUGGUGUUGAAGGCGUACCGAUCGGUAGUUCCAUUUCCACUACAACAGAGCUUGUGGAAUCCUCUACAUACGAGGAGGACGCUGGCCACUGUAACGCGCCGGACAGCAAUUUACAGUCGCAAAUGUUUGAUGAAAUCUCCCAGCAGGGCGAACUCGGCUCUCCCAGGCAGGAGAACAAAGAGUCGUCCGGUGGAAUGGCGGGGGUGGUACCGCAGGGAGCUGCUCCCGCGUUUGACAAUGAGUCGGACUAUGAGGAUAACAUUACGGUUACCGUACCGCCAGCCCAUCUGCAGAGCUGGGGAGCCUUCCGAGGCCACUAUAACGGUGGUGGUGGUGGGGGUGGUGGUGGUCGGCCGAUGCGCCAUGGACGAUCGCACGGUCACGAUACUCCACCGAACGAGCGGCAGAUGGCGCUGAAUCAGCAGCAGGGCGGGUAUGGUGGUGGAGGUGGCGGAAGGGAUGGCAGUAAUGGAGGCCGCGGAAGCGAGCUGUUGGAGAGAGAACGAGACGAUGAACAUCGACGGCGUCUCCCGCUGAUGGAGGAGAAGGAUAGCGGCGAAGGCUACGGGGCUGGUGGACCGCACGGAAUGAUGAAUGAGCGUGGCCGGGGCGAGUACGCUGACCGAUCGCCAGAAUACUUACACGGAGGCAAUGCUGGUGGCGGAGGAGGAGGACGAGGAGGCUUAAUGCCCAUUCCACACAAUCAUCCGCAGCACGUGCAAGCGAUCGGGACGGCGAUGGGACAUCCGGGCGGUGCCGGUGGUGUGUACAUGGGACCUGGCAAUAACGGAGGAUACGGAGGACACAUAGGACAUCCGCAGCAGUACGGUGGUGGUGGAAGUAAUGGUCCCGGGGGAGGAUAUGGUAUGCAGCAGCAAGGUGGUGGUGGCGGCGGCGGCGGCGGCGUUGGUUACCCGCCGCAGCAACGAUCGUUCGAUCAUCACGGCGGAAUGUAUCCCGGCGAUCGUCCACCACGGGGGAUGAUGUAUCCGAUGCGUGGCGGAGGAUUUAUGUCACAUCACCCGCCUCACUUACGGCAACGUCCGAUGGGCCCGGGACCGAUGGGAGGCUAUCCGAAUGUACAUCCUGCGAUUGGACCUGGUGUUAUCGAUGAUCCACUGGAAGCGUUUAACAGAAUCAUGCGCGAGAAAGAGAUGCGCAAGAAGCAGGAACAGCAGCAGCAGCAGCAAAUGCGUCGCAAUCGUUCGCCUAUGGGCGAGCGAGGACGCCGCUCUCGCUCCUUCGACAAUGGUAGUCGGGGUGGUGGUGGUGGUGGUGGUGGCGGCGGUGCUCGCGGCAACUCUACCGAUCGAAGGCGUACAUCGCGUCAGCGGUCUCCGGACAGGCGACGGUCGCCAGACGACAAGCAUCCGGAUGAGCGUGAUCGUAUGCGUGAGCGUCGCCGGAACCGGUCCAGCUCGUACAGUUCUGCCAGCUCCCGUUCCUACACAAGAUCAAAGUCACGCUCACCGAUGAAACGAAACAAAUCGUCCCCCCGGAAACGGUCUCGCAGUCCAGGCUAUAGGGAUAGACGCAGCAGAAGCCGAUCGGGGUCGUUCGGUGGAAUGAGAUACAGGGAUCGUCGGGAUGAUCGUCGGCCGGGAGAUUUCAACAGAGACCGAUCGCCAGGAUUUAAUCAAAACUUCGGCUUUGGCAAUCGUCCUCCCAGAGGCGGCGCAGGUCCCAGAGGAGGUGGUGGCGGUCGCGCACGCGGAAACGGUCGCGACAUUGGUGGCGGCAUGCAGCACUUCCCACCGCGAGGUUUCGAUCGUCACCAGCAACAGGAUCGCCACUUGCUACCGAUGCCAGGUGGGCGGCAAGACGAUGUGCACCACCACCAACCGGGCGGCUUUAUGCACGGUCAGCACAUGGGCGAAUAUCGUGACGGACCAAUGGGGGGCAGCGGACAACCGCACGCUGGUGGCGGUAUGAUGAUGGGCAGCGGUGGAUUAGGCGGUGGUCCGGCCGGAGGUCCCUCGAUGCAGCAGACGGGUUUGCCGGUUGGCGCACAGUCAAACAGGUAUCCGGGACGCGAUGAACGCGAGCGCAGCAUUAGUAGUUACGGAGGAGCGAAGCCGUCGGACUUUGGUGACGGCGAGGGCGGCGACCACAUGAUGCAUCCACAUGCGAAGGACAUGAACGAGCGUCGCAGAAGAACGUCUAGCCGACAUUCGUCCCCGAGCGCUGGACAUCAGCAGCAGAAUGCCAUGAGCCAUGAACAAGGUGGUGCAGAACGGGGCAGAGACGGUGUAGAGUGGGCUGGAGAGUUUUCUGAACAGUCUGGCUAUCAUCAAGCGCAGAGCAGUGGCCGGCACGAUGAUGAUCAUGCGGAACGUCACAGCGCUGAAGCUAGAGGAGCUCGCGAUUCCGACCAUAAGAGCGUCGAUCAUCGGCCAUCAUCAACCGGCCCGGUUGGAGGUGGCCAUGGUCGAGGACGAUCGCGUUCCCGUGACCGCAAACGAUCGGCAGCCGCAGGUGCGCAAGAUGCAUCCGACCGGGAUGGGUCGGAUAGAAGAAAGCAUAGGUCGAAGCGGUCGGAAUCGGUGGAUAGGCACGACAAAUCGGGUGCGACCGCCAGCCGUAGCUCGCGCUCAACCGGCGGAGGUGGUGGUGAUCACGAGAAGGACAAACCAGAUCGUAAACAUCACCAGUUCGCCGAAAAGGACAAGCGAAACGAGCCGGAUCAGCACGGCCGGCGGGAUGAGCGCGAUCAUCACCACCGUGAUCGGGAUCGCGCAAAGGAACGGGGCGAAAUCGAUCGUGACCGGGACCGUGAUCGCCAGCGCGAAAGAGAACGUGACCGUGACAAGGAGAAGGAUCGUAACAGGGAAAAGGAGCGUGAUACGGACCACGAUCGAGCGGACCGGGACCGGCGGAAGGAAAAGGAGCGCGAAAAGGAGAAAGAAAAAGAGCGCGAACGGGAAAAGGAGCGGGAGCGCGAGAAGGAGAAGGAGCGGGAUCGGGAAAGGCAGCGUGAGCGGGAAAAGGAUCGCGACAAGGAUAAGGACCGCGAGAAGGAAAAGGAUGGGCGGGACGGUACGAAGAAAAAGUUGCGCGACUCGAGCGACGAAGAGCGGCGUGAUAAGAAGAAGGAUCGCGAUAAGAAGAAGCGCAAGAAGGAUAAGGAGGUGGAAAAGCGCAAGCACAAGAAGGAACGCAAGGAGCGGGAUAAGGAACGACGGUCGAAAGAUCGACGCAACAGGGAGCGCAAAACGGUGGAGAAGGAGGAGCCGGACAGUUCGCAGCAGCCGGCAACACCAACACCGGCUGCUGCACGGGAUCAGACGGCGGCGGGGGUAGAUGCCGAAGGGCAGAAGAACGAUCAGCAGCAUGCACGGGCGGAUAGCCGGUCAAAUGAUGGAGACGAGCGUGGGCACCGGCAAGCGAGUGUGGCGAGCGAAGAUGAGAAGCGCGAUAGUGAUGCUUCCGGUGAGUCUGGUGCGGAGAACGAGGAUCAGCAGGAUAAUGGUGAACAGCAGCAGCAGCAUUCGGCCCACCAGCAAGAAGCCCACAUUGACGGCCAUGAUCAUGCGGACCUGUACUCGGACAUUCCGGACAAGUAUGAGGCAGAUCAGCUAGAAAUGUCCGUACUGGAGGUGGAGGGUGAGCAAAACGAACGGGAAGAGGAUGAUGGCGCCACCGGGCUUGCCGAUAGUACGGAAAGCCGGGAGGAGGAGAACGCUUCAAAGCACGACACUACCGGUGACAGUGAUAUGCUGAUGAAACGGUCCGACUCCGUUCUGGAUCUGCACGCCAACUUGGACUACGAGCAGGAGCUGGAAGAGGGCGAUCAGCCAUUGUCCUCCCAGGCAAAGGAGGACGAUUCCGUAAUGCCCGAGCUUUCGAAGUGGGAAAUGGACGAGGAAGGGCAGAUUAACUCAUCCACGGAGCAGCUAGACGCAGGGACACCACCACCAGCACACGAGGACGGCCAGCUCGCCGAUAGGGAUGCCCUACUGCAGGAGGGCGGCGGUGGUAAGGUUACGAGCGAGGUGCUGAAGCGAGCGGAAAAUGCAAUUUUCACGCGUGCCAUCAACGCAAUACGGCCGAUCGAGAUUAAGAAGAUAAGCGUCGAGCGACAGAAGCUUUACACGGCCGGCGCUGGUAGUGUGCCGCUUGACGGCUCACCGUCGCGGCCGCUGGACAUGAAACAUGGACCGGAGCAUGAAGAGCCGAAGCUGAGCUUUCAGGUUACUGUGCCCGUCAACGAUGAGCGAGCGGAACGGUCGGUCGCACUCAAGCAAAAGUUUGACAUGAAACUGGACAAUCGUUCCUCACCGGUGCGAACCUCCGUCAAGGAACGGUUGGGUGCCAAAGUGCCGGAUAAUGCGUCACCGUUUCCGACCGGCUCACGAACUCCGCCGCCGAACCGUAAAAUAAGUGUCACGAACGAUAGCAGCAGUCGCACGACGAAACCGUUUGCCGACCGUCGUCGAGGUGCUUCGCGAAGCCGUAGCCGAACGCGGGAUGAAUCGGACAGCCGCAAACACACGGAUCGAACCCGUGCCGGCAGUGGUAAGCACGAUGGAAACAAAAAGCAGCAGCAACCCGCCCGCCGUAACGAGGACCGGCCACGAGAAUCGUUGCGCGAUCGCAAGGAAGACACACGGCGCAAUAGUCGCGAAAGGAGCGACAGCAGGAAUCAGUCACGCCAGCGCGGACGGAGUCGCGACCGGGAGCGGGAGAAUCGAGGCGCAGGGCGACGUGGUAAUAGUCGAGAUCGUAAAGCAACGGUAUCGCCGAGUUCGAAGAAAGGGGACGGCACCCGCAAGGAUGGCGACGCGCACCGGACCAAGAAGCAUCAGUCGCAGCGAGACGAUGCGUCCGGUCGUGUUUCAUCGUCCAAGUUAAGCGGUCACCGGGAUGAAAGCACGGGUCAGAAGGGCCGAGAAGCUGGUACUGCAGCGGACGAAAGAAGCGUUGCAGCUGCAAGCUCAACGACAGGCGCCGGUGGUCAAGAACAGCAACGGGCGACCCGUGGCGACCGCUCUUCACCUGUCGAUCGAGCAUCGCGCAAACGCUCGGCCGAACAUCUGCGGGAAGGAGGAUCGCCAGGACGGCGGGUGGAGGGUGCGUCCAAACGGGACGAUUCAUCGGUAGCAACCGGUGCCGGUGGAGCAACCGGCAGCAGCAGCAGCAGCAAGCGAUCGAAGCUGGAAAAGCUGUCCGGCAAAGCUGGUAAAUCGGGUGGUGGCAGUUCGACCGAUUCGAGCACCUCCGACUCGGACUCAUCGUCGUCGGAGAGCAGUCCGGACACGGAUGACGAGGCUGGUGGUGGUGCAGCAGGCGCUAGGGCCAGCAGCAAGAAGCGCAAAAAGCGGAAGCACAAGAAGGACCGCAAGCGUGCCAAACGGUCCGCCGCGACCACGGAAACGGACGAUGAAUCUGGCGGGAAGCGUAAAAAAUCUAAGAAGAAAUCAAAAUCAUCGAAAAAGAAGAAAAAAUCCAGCAAACACAAGAAGGACUAGAAGACACACCUCCUUUGCUCGGUACGUUCUUCCCACUUUCCUACCGCCUUUUUCCACCUUUCCCGGGUGGAAAGCGGGUCAGCUAGGGUUAUAGGUUCACUCGAGGAAUUAUGGUGAGCUUUGGCAUUAGCAUUGUAAGGAUUAGUUUUUCGGUAGGCUGUAGAAGUUAAUUAUUAAUUGCGCAUUUCCGCGACCGGAGAGAAACGAUUGAACUAACACAGGCAUCAGAUUGGGAGGUGAGGUGGCAGGCACAUUAACACACACACUCAGCGGCAAGGCAAGCGAGCUAUCUAUGAAGUAUGCAACCGCGGCUGUACAUUUGAGAUAUUGUAUUUUACGCAAUGGGGCCUUUAGGUUGAAGGUUGAAUCUUUAGUUUGAAGUUCACGCGACCCCCGAGUGUGCGUCACCAUCGUCCAUCCCGCCCCCCGCUAACCCGCCCCCCCCCCAAUGUACGUAUUCCAUACUUUAUCGACUAAAUAAAUAGUAAGACAUCUUCUAGAACACAACACUGA